AUGAAUCCUUUUUACUCUGCUUUCUCAGACUCCUUCCUCUCAAUUCCCGACAACAGAUCUCCGGUUUCCGACAGUAGCGAGUGUUCUCCGAAGCUAGCUUCGAGCUGUCCGAAGAAGCGAGCAGGGAGGAAGAAGUUUCGCGAGACCCGUCAUCCGGUUUACAGAGGAGUUCGUCAGAGAAACUCAGGGAAAUGGGUUUGCGAAGUGAGAGAGCCUAACAAGAAAUCGAGGAUUUGGCUCGGGACUUUUCCGACCGUCGAAAUGGCCGCUCGUGCUCACGACGUAGCCGCUUUAGCUCUCCGUGGUCGCUCUGCUUGUCUCAAUUUCGCAGACUCGGCGUGGCGGCUUCGCAUCCCUGACUCGACUUGUCCUAAAGAAAUCCAGAAAGCGGCGGCUGAGGCUGCAAUGGCGUUUCAGAACGAGACGGCCACGGAGACAGCGACGGCUGAGACUGCUGCCGCAAUGACGGAGGGAUCGAAAGCGACGGCGGGGGAGACGUCGGAGCAGAGCGGUGGGUUUUAUAUGGACGAAGAUGCACUUUUGGGAAUGCCGAGUUUUUUCGAGAAUAUGGCGGAGGGGAUGCUUUUGCCGCCGCCGGAAGUUGGCUGGAAUCAUAACGAUUUUGAGGGAGAUGAUGACGUGUCUCUUUGGAAUUUUUAA